CGCCGGGAGCCGUAGUUCCGAGCCCCGGUGGGGGGGGUUGGGGGGGGCGGGAUGCGGCCUCCGGCGGCCUCGGAGGAUUCUCGGGGCAGCCGGGGUCCCCCGGACCCCAGGGCCAUGUCGGGGUCCCCCCUCCCCUCGGCGGCGGAAGGGGGGGGCCCGCCGGGGGGGCUCUACCACGAGCGGCAGCGCCUGGAGCUCUGCGCCCUCCACGCGCUCAACAACGUCCUGCAGCGACCCUGCUUCACCCAGGAGGCCGCCGACGAGAUCUGCAAGAGGUUGGCCCCCGACGCCCGCCUCAACCCCCACCGCAGCCUUUUGGGCACCGGCAACUACGACGUGAACGUCAUCAUGGCCGCGCUGCAGAGCCUGGGGCUGGCGGCCGUUUGGUGGGACAAACGCCGGUCGCUGGAGCGCUUGGUGCUGGGCCAGAUCUUGGGGUUCAUCCUCAACGUCCCCUCUCACGUCUCGCUGGGCUUCGUGGCGUUGCCGCUGCGCCGCAAGCACUGGUUGGCCGUCCGGCAGCUCCGCGGCACCUACUACAACCUCGACUCCAAACUCCGGGCGCCCGUCCCCAUCGGCGGUGAGGCCGAGCUCAGGGCUUUCCUGCGGGAUUUUCUCUCCCAAGGGCUCUGCGAGGUUUUCCUUGUCGUGCCGCGCGCCGUGGAGGAAGCCGGCGCCUGGCUGAGCCCCGAGUGACUCGGCACACGCCAUCAGGGUGGCCGUGACAAGGUGACGCCAGCGUGGGCCGCUGCCCUCCCUCUGCUUUGGGAUGAAACCGCAACGCUUUGGGUCUUUAUCCAGGCGCUGCUCAUCUGGAGCGGGGAGGGUUUGUUAUGCUACAAACCCAGAUGGUUUGGGGGAGCUGCGGGGACCCCGGAGCGUGUGCCCGCUGUCACCGCGUCGCCGCGGUGCUUCAAUUCCCUGAUUUCGCCCCGAUUUCGCCUCCUUCCGUCACCGGGAUUCCUCUGCGGGCGUGCGAGGGGGUCGCGGGUGUCGUAGCCGACGUCGCACCGCUCGGUUAAACGCGUGUCCUGGCCCGGUUUACGCGUGUCUCCCGUGUCGCUUGUGCACGUUCACGCAGCGGCGUCGCGCACCCGGCGUUCCGCUUGUGCAUGUCACCCACCCGCCGUGCCGGACACGCGUGUCGCACACCGGUUGGUGCGUGUCGCUCGUCGCUUGCACGCCUUUCCCGGCUCCUGCAGAGGGGUCACGUCUCCGGCGCCGCGGUUCUUCCCAGCCAACCUUCCCGGCACGGGCGUUUUGCGGUGGUGCUGCCCAGAAAGGUGAUUAAAAAACUGCCGGUUUACAGCU